AUGUGCAAGCACAUUCUCAACGCGCAGGUUGCCAUCCGAUCUCCCUGCUGUAUGACGUUCCGCCACUCUGCCCGCCGCAAGUGGUUCGACUGUGCAGAGUGCCACGCUGAACAAGAGAAACACCCGCUUCAGCAGUCAUUCGACAUGACUUUUGCCUGCAAAAAAUGCAAGAAGUGCUUCCGCAAAGAUACCCAAGAGUUCGAGGAGAGCGACGAAUACUGCCCGCACUGCGAUAACCACUUUGUCAUUGAGGCCAAGAUCGCCAAACCAGCACUCACAAUAGAGAGUGAUGAUACCCGAAUUAAUAAUAAACUCCUUAAAGACGACCGAGUGCGAGGCAAACCCAUUCUACGGUCGAUGUUUGACCCAGAUGAGGACGCGAAUAAGCUCGGCUAG